AUGAGUGUUCGUCACAGAGAUCAUAGGCAUGCUUCAUAUAUGAUUAUUGGAAACCACAUCGCUCCUAAGUAUGAAGAUGUCAACCGAGUUUACAGACCAAGGGACAUUAUUAAUGACAUUCGUCGAGAGUUCGGCAUAACCAUAAGCUAUACUAAAGUGUACAUGGCUAAAAAUCUUGCUUGUGGACUGAUUCGUGGGAAACCCCGUGAGAGUUAUGUGAAAUUGCCAGUGUAUUGUCAUGUUUUGGAGAUGCAAAAUCCUGGUACACUGACAUUCAUUCAUACUAAUGAUGAUCGGCGCUUCAAGUACCUUUUUAUGGCAUUGGGACCAAGUAUACAUGGGUUCGUAAACUCAAUGCGAAAGGUAAUUUCUGUAGAUGGUGCAUUCUUGACAUCGAGAAUGAAAGGUACUCUACUCGUAGCAACUUCUCAGGAUGCAAAUUUUCAAAUAUUUCCACUCGCAUGGGGAGUAGUUGAUUUAGAGAAUGAUGAAUCCUGGACUUGGUUCUUUCAGAAGUUGCGGUUAAUAACAGGUGAUACGGAUGACCUCGUGAUUAUAUAUGAUCAUGCAAAGUGCAUCAAAAAUGGAGUUAGAAAUGUGUUUCGAUUUGCUCAUCAUGGUAAUUGUAUAUAUCACUUGCAAAAGAACUUGAAGACAAAUUUUCCACGGUGUGAUGUUGCAACUUUGUUUAGGGCAGCGUCAGAGGCUUAUACUGUAACUGACUUUGAGUCCUACAUGGCAGCUCUAUGCAGUAAAAAGGAGGGCAUCAAAGAGUACCUAUUAGAAGAAGAUUUUCAAUGUUGGGCUAGAGCGCAUUUUACCGGGAUACGUUACAAUAUUAUGACUACAAAUAAUGCGGAAUCUAUAAAUGGUUUGUUGAAGAGUGCUCGAGAACUUCCCAUAGUUGGUUUACUAGAAUAUAUUCGUAGGAUACUACAAAGGUGGUUUUAUGAAAGACAUGUUGAAGCAGAAAAAUGUGUGACCCAACUCACGCCAGCAUUAGAGAAAAAGAUGUGCAUGACAUAUAAUGAGUCAAAUAGGUUGGAGGUAAAUCAGGUUUCUCCGGACAUUUAUCAAGUUGGUGACAAUUUAGAACACCACUUUGUGGAUUUUUAUGAAAUGACAUGUACGUGUAGAAGAUUUGAUUUGGACAAGUUUUCAUGUGCGCAUACAAUUGCUGCAGCAAGGUUUAAAGGAGACGAGGGCUAUAAAUUAUGUACCCUCUUUUACACUAGUAUUUGUUGGAAGCAAGCUUAUUCUAAAUUUGUAUAUCCUUUGCCGAACGAGGUCGAAUGGAAAAUUCCUAAAAAUGUGAUAGCCAGAGAAGUAUUUUCACCAUUGGUACGAAGACAGGGCGGACAACCAUCAAAAAAGAGGAAAAGGUCGGACGGAGAGACGCGUGUGGCUCGUAAGUGCAGCAGGUACAAGAAAACUGGUCAUGUUCGAUCCACUUGCACGGGCCAAGCAGCUAGUAGUGAACAUUAA